AUGUCUGCCACUCCCUCCGGCAUGUCUACGCUCUCCCGCCGCGCCCGAGAGUGCGCGAAACCUCCGGAAUCUCCGCUAUGGCACGUGUACGCGGACCAAUGGCACCCCUCCUCCAAUCCGGGGGGAUAUGUUAAUGUCGGCGUGGCGGAGAACAGCCUCAUGCAUGCUGAACUGGAGGCAUACAUCCAAAAAAGCACCCGUGUCCAGCAAACAGCGUUCACCUACGGUGACGGGCCUCUCGGGUCCAAGAGGCUUCGAAAGGCGGUGGCUCGAUUCCUCAAUCGCCGGCUGCAUCCUGUCCUUCCACUCGAGAUGGAGCAUGUUGUCGUCACGAACGGCGUGUCCCAUUCGAUUGAGCAUACGUCUUGGGCGUUCUGUAACCCGGGGGACGGCUUCCUCCUCGGCCGCCCAUACUACCGCGCGUUCAUUCCGGACAUCGCGCUCCGACCCGGCGUCGAGGUUCUCACAGUCUCAUUUGGCUCGGUAGACCCUAUGAGCGUGGACGCCGUUGGUAAGUACGAAGAUACUAUUCUCGCAGCGAGAGAGCGGGGCAUUCGUGCAAAGGCUCUCAUGCUGUGCUCGCCUCAUAACCCGCUCGGGAGAUGUUACUCUCGCGAAGUCCUUAUCGCCUAUAUGCGUCUGUGUCAAAAAUAUCAGAUUCACCUGGUCAGUGACGAGAUAUAUGCCUUUUCCACUUGGGAGAAUCGUCACGAUUCGUCUCCGGCACCCGUCGAGUUUAUAUCGGUCCUGUCCAUCCCCUCGGAGGGCAUCAUUGAUCCUCACCUCCUCCAUGUCCUAUGGGGCAUGAGCAAAGACUUUGGCGCCAAUGGUCUGCGUGUUGGCUAUAUCAUUUCCCAGCACAACGAAGCUUUUCGUGAGGCUUUACUGGAGGUCGCAAUCUAUUCCUACGCGUCGUCCAUCUCCGAGCACAUUGCGGCCAACAUGCUCGAAGACGAUGUCUGGGUGGAUAACUAUAUCCAAAUGAACCAAGACCGCCUGGCCGAGUCAUACAGCUUUGUUGUCGAGUUUCUCACCAAGCAUCAUAUCCCAUACACCCCCGGUGCGAACGCCGCCUUUUUCCUCUGGGUGGACCUUGGUAAGGCAUACCUGGCACAACACCCUGAACGACGGCCGAAUGCUGGUGGCCCGCAGAUUGACGAUAGAGUGAGCGCCAAGAUCAUGCAAAUGCUUAUGAAGAACAGGGUGUUCUUAGGCGGUGGCGCGGUCUUUGGAGCAGAGGCCCCAGGCCUAUUUCGCGUCGUGUUUAGCCAUCCACGACCGUACAUAGAAGAGGCGCUCCACAGGAUUGCAAAAGCGAUGGGGGAGCUCGGUGCCGAAUGA